AUGGCUGAAUCGCCGAAAAAAGAAGAGCCGACAAAUGUCGCUCAUAGAACAAGGAAUGCCGGACGUCGAGAUUCCGUAUCGUCUGCUGAAAAAGAGUCCUUUGCCAAAAAGAAGGAAGAUAAAGAAAGAGCCAAAGCAAUAAGAGAAGGUCUAAAGAGUGACUAUGUGGACCCCCUAAAACGCCAUUUGGGCCCACUACAAGACCUAGUUGCUCCCCAUGGCAACAAAGCUGCAUACAUUGAACCAAUGGACUUCCAUCUACGGAAACUCGCUGGUUUGAUCGUCACCACACAAAAGUCCAAACCCCAGUUUUCUGAAGAAUUCAUAGACGAAUUGGGCAACUUGGCGUCCGAAUACUUGCAUAAACUAAUAUCGCUGCUUCAUAAGUACACAGAAGUACAGAGGCACCGCAGACCUGGAAUCCAUGACCUAGAGUUGAGUUUCCAGAUGAACAAGGUUAGUCCCAGCUCGUUGUACCUGGAGUACGAACGGAGCAAAGAAUUGCCAGAACAGACUAUAAAACAUAAAAAGACGCUUGAUUCUCAGGCACAGAACCUCCUACAAGACUUUUAUGCCGAGGAGUUUAAUCUAGAAAAAGACGACCCAUCGUCGGUAUUCCAUGCUAAUGACCAGUACGAAGUGGCCUCCUUAAUCCCACGUCAGUCCGAAAGGCCAUCAUAUAUUCCAGACUAUUUUCCUACCCUCCCUCCAGACUAUACGUACCAGAAUACUGGUAGUUACAUGAAGACCAUCACCGAAUUGAAGCAGAUCAAGCUCAAGUUGGUGGAAGAAUCCAGACUCAAUGAGAGGUCAUUGUAUAAAUUAAUUGACCGUGAAGUGCCACAGGAGUCCACGGCAGUGGCGUUGUCGGAUGUCGAUAGUGACAAGGAGGAUAUCAUGAGUGUAUCAGGCGAAGGCAAUGCUACAGAUGUGGAGACUCCCCAGGAACCAAAUGCUGAAACAGCUAUGGAUGUCGAUAAGGGACAUAAAGAUGGUGAGGCUCCUGAAGAAGGUGAUGCUAAACCUGAAGAAACAGCCGCGACUGAUGCAACGGCUGAUGGUACUGCUGCUGAUGUGGUUGACCCUACAGCUACAGUCAAAGAAACACCAGUCAACUCCAAGAGGUUUGAUUUCGUGGACUAUGCCAACAGACGAAAGUUGGCAAAAGAAAGAGCGGCAAAGAAACUUGCUGCUCACAGAAAGAAAAGAGAGGACGAUAUAUUACUCAGAAGAGAGAAGUUAUACUCUCCUUAUGCACAGGCGUUCCCUAAGGCAGAAGACAAUGCUUUCUAUGAUCAAUUCCUUCAGAAAAGUCUUAAGCGUGUUAUUAGAACAACUAGAGACGCUUACCAAAAGAAGAGAGCUAAGAUUACUGAGUUAUUGGAAGAGAGAGCCAAACUAGAAAAAGAACAGGAGAAGAACAGUGGCUCCUUCGAGUUUGGCUUUGCAUUCAACCCUAACGCCAACGUUCUGGAUGAAAGUGAGGAGGAGGAUGAAGUUGGCGAAUUGGACUUCGGUGACGAUUUCAAGCUUAUAGAGAACCGUACCGAUGUCGCUGGCAAGAGACCUUCGAGUGGAUCCAGCCUGGCACCUCAGACAGCAACUCAAGAUACCGAGGCCCCUGCUGGUGAAGCAGCUGAACAGAAGAAGGACGAUGAAGACGUUGUUGACAAUAUGGCGCCAAUUGACCACGAAGAUGAUGUUGAUGACCUUGAAAAUGAACUCGAUAAUGCAUUGAACGAGACCGAAAGUAACAACUUGCCUGCGCCUAUUCCAUUUCCAAAUGACAUGGAUGAUUUUGAACUGAGCGACAGCGAGAGUGACGACGAUAAUAAUAACGCUGGCGGCAUCAACUUUGGAGAUAACGCCAACGCGCCACCACAGACAUUCCAGCCAUCCACGCUGACCACGUUCGAAAUGAAUUUCCCACCUGAAGAGGAUUCUGAAGAGUCUGAAGAGGAUGAAAUGGUGGAGGUUUAA